GGUGAGUCGUUGCUUUUAUAAUUUUCAAACAGAUUUUUUAAUAAAAUGAAUAACUUAUUUGUUAUCUUCUUAAUUUUCGUGACACUCGCCUCAUCAACUCCGAUAAGACGUCAAGAUACGCUUAGCGGGUUUAAACCUUGUAAAGGUAAUUUCCCAAACGAAUUUACCACAUAUAUAUAUACUCCCAAUCCAAUUAUCAUAGGUCAAGAAACUACUGUUCAUAUUGCUGGUAAAGCAACUGUAACUAUUGAAAACGGAGCAUUGUUUAAGUUUAUGGGAUUUUAUGAGAAUAAACAAAUAUUCCAUUAUGAUAUCAAUUUUUGCGAAGCAAUUGUCGAACCCAGUGGGUUUAAAUGUCCAGUAAAAGAUAAUUUUGAUUUUAUCACCAAGUUUUCACCAGAUAGUGAUUCUAGUGAUCCUAAAAAUACUAUAGAAGAAAAUGAUAUAAAGAUAAUUGUUACAAAUCCGGACGGUAAAGAUUUAUUAUGUAUGGAAGGAAGCAUCAAAUUUUCUUAUCCUUAAUUAUUAGCUAACAUCAUUAUAUAAAUUAUUACUUAAACGUUGUACAUUUUAUUUAUUUUAGUAAUAGAUUAUUAUUUUACAAAAAAUGAUUUAAAAUACUAGCAUAAAAUAAUAAAAAUAUACGACAUUUUUUUCUAUAAGAUAAUAAUU